GUUUAUUUAAAAAGUGUCAAAAUUACGCGCCAUCGGGAAGAAAACGCACAAUAAUCGUUAUUCCUGUAUUUACACGCUCAGCUCUGCACCGUACAAAUGCCUUCUGUGAACUUAAAAUCGAUCGAAUCGUUUAGCUCUGAAGAUCCGAACUAUCCUGCUUCGAAUCUUCUGAAGCCCGGUAACAAGAAAUGGAAAUGCCGAACAGCGGGCGAACAGCAAGCCUUCGUUGUGAUACGGCUCGAAGAACCGACCCAAAUCACCGGUAUCGAUAUUGGGAAUGAACACUCGGCAUUGAUCGAGGUGCUGGUCGCACGGAGCGGUCCUAGCAAUCCUUCGUUUAGUGAAAUUCUACUAGCGACAAAGUUUAUGAAUCCGGUAGAGAGUCGCAACUCGACCGGUACCAACGGGGUCCAGUGUUUCAACUCGUCCGUACUGAUUCCCUCGGUGGCCAGCGAAAAGUGGGAUUUAGUCAAAAUCAUCUGCACUCAACCGUUCAAUUUCCGUGUCAAAUAUGGUCUUACCUUUGUCGCACUGCACACAACCGGGGCAGAGAAGAAGGAGCGAAAAAGCUUAGUGCCGGAAAAGUUCCAGCAACAAAUCCGGGAAGAAGCAAACAAACCUAAACCACCGCCCUCGAUUGGGCUUGAUUUUGGAAGGUUUAAACUGCGUGAAGAAUCGCCCGAUUCGGAUGAUGCCGGCAGCUCGAAUGUAUUUGCACGCUGGAAGAAUAAAAAUACGACGAUCUCAACUGGCGCGCCGGGUUCAACCGUGAGUGCUUUGAUGCGCGAUACAAACACACCGAAGGCAGUGGAAAAGAAUCUUCCCCAACCUGGAAGUGUGCGAACCGUCGCCAAACAGCGGCCCAAACCUCAAGCGUUUCAGGACAGCGACGAGGAGAAGGUUAGCAAGCCAACCAAAACAAACCGAAAUGAUGAGUCCGUUUUAUACGACGCGGAAGAUGAUAAACCGGCCAAGAAGCUGAAUGAAAGUGUGAUUGGAUUACAGGUCCGGAAUGACACAGGAGUGGCAAGGCGGGAAUCUAAUACCCCUAAGUCAGAUACGAAAAAUGCCUCGAAGAUAGGCAGUACAUCAUCGUCCAAAUUUCAAGACUUCCUUAACCUAACCGGACCAGAACGGGAGUCGAAAUGGAAUUCACAUUCAACGGCGGAAGUUAAAAAAUCACAACACAAUAGCCCAUCGCAGCUGGACAGAAAGAAGACACCGACUAAAACCGAAGAUCAAGCUCGUCCACCGUUGUCCAUCGAAAAGCAACCGGUUCCUUCUUCCAAGCGGUUGUCGUCACCUACCCGAGGAAGCCCUGUGAGCAAGCAUGAUGCUGCUUCACCUACGACGAAAAAGCCAAAACUGACGAUCGUGGACGACGAUAGUGACGUGGAAGUAAAAAAAUCGGUUCAGUAUAAACCCUUUGGCAAGCUGCUAGAAAAUGUUGUGCUGGUUAUCAGUGGCAUUGUGAAUCCUGAUCGAGCAAACAUACGCAGUCAAGCGUUGGCGAUGGGAGCGAAGUAUAAGCCUGAUUGGGAUGGUUCCUGUACCCAUCUGAUUUGCGCAUACAAAAAUACACCAAAGUACAACCAAGUGCAUGGAAAGGGCAAAAUUGUAAAGAAAGAAUGGAUCGAACGAUGCUACACUAACCGGAAGCGACUUUCCUGGCGCAAGUUCGCACUCGACACAGCGGAAGCUGAUGUGUCCGAUUCGGAAGACGAGAUUGUAGAUAUAGCGAACAAACCAGCCGAUGCGGUGGUACCGCAGCCGCUACCAAGGGAAGAACGUCAAAGUCCUCCAAAGUUGGUGAAGCAAGCACAGAAAGAUGCAGUGAUGCUUCACGAAUUGAGCGACACGGAUGAUGACGAACCUCGCGAGACGACUGUACACCAGAUUUAUGAGAAAAGCACCGAAGAGGAAGGCGAUCGGCAGGAGGAAAACGCAUCGGGGGGUAGUUUGGAUUUUUUCAAAGGGAAAAAGUUUUUCCUUCACCAAGAAUUGGGAGCGAUCGAUAUUAUAAAGCUGGAGAAGUACAUUGAAUUGUAUAAGGGAUCUGUAUCGAACGAUAUGGCUGGCGUAGAUUAUGUGAUUGCUCGCAACAAAAAUAGCUUACCACCGUCCAACAGCCGAGCUGAGCUGGUGAAGCCACUUUGGAUAUACGAAUGCAACGACAUGGAGUGUCUGAUACCGGUGAAUCGAUAUCGAGUGGUUUAG